AUGCCGGCUGCAACCACCACAGACCCCAGCACUGAGCAGAAGGAUCGUCUCAUAGCAGCGGUGAAGAAGGAAGUCAAGCAUUUAAUGGAAGAGGCUGUCACACGCAAGUUCGUCCACGAGGACAGCGGCGGCGUGACUGCACUAUGCGGCGCUGUCGAGGCUUGCCUUGGACAAGGGCUCCGGAGGCGAGCACUUGGCCUCUUCAAAACCAGCUCCACUACGGCAUUGCUACACAAAAUUGCUAAGCAUUGUCCGGAGGCGGCACUUGUGUCAGCUCGAGUCAUGGCAGCUGAAGGAGCGCCAGCGACACGUUCAGCAUCAGGUGUCGAACGUAGACCGUCUGCUCCUCGUCCACCCUUAAACAAGAGAGGUUCCGGGUCCCUGUUGUCACAGCCAGCGUCACAGUCGAGGUAUCUCUGGAUACGCAUAGCUCUGUUUGAGAGACAGCUGGCGAAGAUUAUAGAACACUUGGUGAACAACGCGAACAGAUACUAUGAGCGAGACGCGUUGGUUGCUGAUCCGGAUUACGGGAGCAUUCUGAGCUCUUUGCUGGUUGGACCGUGUGCUUUGGAGUAUUCCAAGGCAAAGGCCCCGGCAUGCUUUUGGUCAGAUCCGCCGGCAGAUGAAUUGGUACAGAGGCACCGUAUGUCAGCUGGAACGACGACACCGCCCUCGGUGCGGCGACCGAUCCUCAACUUUAGGCGGAGUUUGAACGCUUCUUCCGAUGACACUGCAUCUUCGAACACAGCAACGGGCAAUGCAACGGGGUCCAGUGCCAAGGACUACGUGGAAAGUUUGCAUCAAAAUUCACGAGCGACGUUGUUGUAUGGAAAAAAUAAUGUCCGCGUACAACCGAAAGACGUUGAAGAACCCAUGCCCGGCUACUUGAGCCUGCAUCAAACAGCAGCUGGUCUUAUUAUAAAAUGGACUCCUAAUCAACUAAUGAAUGGGUACGCCGAGAGCGAAGGCCUUGAUAAAAGCGUGUAUUGGGCGAUGUCUCUUCAAGUGUGCGCGUGGGAGGUUGUGUAUGUGCACGUACACAGGUCACAGGCAAGCGAUGCGCUCAUACUGGUUGGUCAAGAUGGAGUACAACGACCACCGAUACAGUUUCCUAAAGGAGGUCACCUGCUAUCUUUCUUAAGCAACUUUGAAACCGGACUGUUACCCCAUGGUCAACUUGAUCCGCCCUUGUGGUCACAGAGAGGAUCUGGCAAGGUGUUUGGUCGGGGUAAAACUCGACGCCGACCAAUGCCAAGCCUCUGUGAAAGCGGAGAAACAGAGGAAGUGGACUGGGAGGAAGCUGCUGGAGACUAUGUUUUUCGUAUAGUCAAUAAUGCGAUCGCUGAUAGAGAAGCGAUGCGGCAUUCUUUGCUAGAACGCGCGGUACAGUCACCACCGAGGACUCCACGACGCCCCCUUGCGUCAACGUCUACGACGUCUUCAGACUCAUCUACAAUGUCCGUCGAUUAUCCGCAAUCUAUUUGUUUUAACAGUCAGCCACCGUUGACACCUGCUCAACUACCUCCCGUCGAACAAGCUGCAUCAAUCGAAUUGGUCUGCAGUACAAUGCGCCGUCAAAUAAUUUCCCGGGCUUUUUACGGUUGGUUAGCGUACUGCAGACACUUGUCGACCGUGCGUACUCAUCUAAGUGGUUUGGUGCAUCCACAUAUUGUACCUAGAGACGGUACAGAGGCUGGUCUCACCGAAGAAAUUUGGCGGUCCAUGAUGGAUGACGAAGGUGUAGUAACCGAUAAGGACGAAGUUUACCGUCUCGUGUACUACGGCGGCAUACAACACGACAUCCGCCGGGAAGUGUGGCCCUAUCUGCUGGGUUAUUACGAGUUCGGUUCAACAGCAGAACAACGUAGUUCACAAGACGCUGCAUGCCGUCGCCAGUAUGAAACGACGAUGUCUGAGUGGUUGUGCGUUGAAGCUAUCGUGAGACAGCGAGACCGAGAGGCGACGGCUGCGUCCAUAGCACGGCUGACUGAAGCCACAGGAAAGUCGAAAUCAACUGAUGUUGUGGACUCUGGCGAGGUCUUUGAAGAUGACUGUAGCGUUAUAUCAGAUAAUCCACCAAUUGUUUCACCCGAACCUUGUGAAAAAGAACAACUUAAACCUGAAAGUAAACCAGUAUUAUCCCGAGCACCAAGCAUAGAUGAAGUUGAGAAUAUCGAAAUGGAUUCGAAAGAAAAAGAAAAUGAUGAAUCGACAGUUAACGGAGAGACUGAGACGGGUGAUAGUAAGGAUCAUGUAGAUAUAGACAGUCUUAACGAUGUAGAUGACGACGAAGUGUAUAUUAAAAGUGUUGUAGAAAACCCUGAUAUGCGAAGAGAAAGCAUAGCUGAAAUCAAAAGAUUAGCUGAAGGCAUUGUCCAGAAAGGCGACGGUAGAAGAUUGUUGUGUAGCGUUGAUAGCGGCAAUAUGACUUUAAAUGGUAACGACUUAAAGUCGUCAAUUGAUGAAAAUGAACAGAAUCCUCCACAACAACAACAUACAAGUGUAAUAAUCACAAACCCCUCUGUAGACUUGGCUGUUUCUGGAUCACCAGCUUCUGGGGGAACAACAGCGAAUGUCAGUCCAGCACGAAGCCCACUUGGAGUUGUCCGCGAAGAGUCUCAAUCAGCAGGCGCAUCUUUUGAUACUCUAGAACCUAGUAUAGAUGCAAGGCCAGAAAAUAGAUCAAAUUGCGCGUCACCUGCUAGUUCUAACGGCGGAGUUUAUUCUAACGAAUUAGUUGAGAGCUUUGCACUGAAUUUGCACAGGAUAGAGAAAGAUGUGCUGAGGUGCGAUAGAAAUUAUCCAUUUUUUACUGACGAAAAUUUGGACAAAUUAAGAAACAUUAUGUGCACAUACGUGUGGGAGCACCUAGACAUGGGCUACAUGCAGGGCAUGUGUGACCUGGCGGCGCCGUUGCUGGUGAUGAUGCGCGAGGAGGCGGUCGCGCACGCGCUCUUUGCUCGGCUCAUGGAGCGUGCUAAGGACAACUUCCCUUCCGGGCAAGCAAUGGACGCGCACUUUGCGGACAUGAGAUCUCUUAUACAAAUAUUGGAUUGUGAGCUGUAUGAAUUGAUGCACGCGCAUGGUGACUACACGCACUUCUACUUCUGCUACCGGUGGUUCUUGCUGGACUUCAAACGUGAACUGCUCUACCAAGACGUAUUCUCGGCGUGGGAGUUGAUAUGGGCGGCAAGGUAUGUCGCUUCGGAGCAUAUGGUGCUUUUUAUAGCGCUGGCGCUGCUUGAGACAUAUCGCGACGUCAUACUCGCGAACACAAUGGACUUCACUGACAUCAUCAAAUUCUUCAAUGAAAUGGCGGAACGUCACGACGCCUCCGCCGUGCUAUCUCUCGCGAGGGAUCUCGUUCUACAAGUUCAAACUUUAAUAGAGAAUAAAUAA